AUGUACCAGGGGUGCCUGUUAACCGCUCUUAGUGAGGCUGAGCGGCUUGGAGUCUCUACCGGUGACAAAAACUUAUUGUUAGAAUCACUCACAAAGAUUGCUGAUCUCCAGUAUGAGCAAGCAGCAAGAUCAACUCUACGAUGCUCGAGGGCAAGAAGAGCCAAAGUUUUAGAUGCCCUCAAGAUUGAAAAGGAGGCAGCAAGACUGCUCAAUAAGCUCCCUUGUGAAGCCCCAGAGGCCUGCAAGUUUCUGGGCUUCAAAGUAGGAGACGUUUGUUAUCAGUUCAUAGCCCUUCCGUUCGGCCUAAAGCCUGCCCCAGGGAUAUUUUCCCGACUGGUGAGAGUCCUCGCCGCAGAGUUAAGAAGGCGAGGCAUUACUAUCUUCUGUUACCUGGACGACUGGCUCCUCCUCGGCCCUUCCAGGACCUCUCUUGCCUACAACAAUAAAGAAGAUCCAGUCAGUAGGUGCAGAGCUCUACUCAAACUCAUGCUCGCCAGCCAGAACUUGGCAAAUUUUCCUCGGUCUAUUAGCAAGCCUAGUGGAUCUAAUCCCGCAGUGCAGACGACAUAUGAGGCCACUACAACUGCACUUCCUGAGACACUUCAGGCCCAGAAUUCACCCCAGGGACCAUCUUGUUCCCAUGACAGAUGCGAUGAUGCAUGCAAUUCAUCUGUGGUCAGCAUGUCGAUUUCUGAACAAGGGAAGCAAACUCAGAACCCAAAACCAACCCUCACCCUAACGACCGAUGCUUCAAAGCUGGGUUGGGGAGCACACAUGGGGAAAUUCAAAGCCUCCGGCCAAUGGCAAGAAAGAGAUUCAGCACAGCAUAUCAAUGUUCUAGAAAUGAAGGCGGUUCAACUGGCUCUACUUGCCUUCCUCCCCCAAGUUGCCAACCAGUGCAUUCUGGUGAAAUCAGACAACAGCACAGUGGUCUCCUACAUAAACAGGGAAGGAGGGACAAGGUCAUCUACUCUUUGCUUCCUAACAUUGGAAAUUCUAGCAUGGUGCCAGAACAAUCACAUAACCCUAAAGGCUUGCCACAUCCCAGGGAAAGAAAAUUACAUUGCAGACUUCCUCUCUCGGGGAAGUUAUCUCCCAUCAGAAUGGCAACUCAAUCUCACCAUAGUGGAGAGAAUCUUCAGUCAGGGCGACCAGCCUCAGAUAGACUUAUUUGCAUCAGCCCUGAACAAGCAGCUCCCGACUUAUUGCACGAAACAUCAAGAUCCCUUAGCCUUUGCGACAGACUCCCUAACAAUCCCUUGGAAGGGGAUCCUGGGUUACGCCUUUCCGCCCUUUCCCAUAAUACCUCAAGUGCUGGAGAAAGUGAGGAAGGAAGAAGCUUACGUUCUCCUCAUCGCACCUUGGUGGCCGAGGAGACCAUGGUUCACAACACUUACAGAUCUCCUAGUGGGGACUCCCAAAAGACUACCCCCACUGGUGGACCUCCUAAAACAACCCGGGACGGACACUUAUUACCCGAACCCGGAAAGACUUUGCCUAACACUCUGGCCCAUCUCAGGAAAUCAGCAACUAAAGCGGGCCUUUCGGAGAGAGCUGCAGACAUGGCCUCUAGAUUCCUGCGAUCCUCCACCAGGAACACUUAUGAUUCUAGACUCCAGAGAUACUUCGGUGGUGUGA